AUGCUUGAUAAAAAUGGAAGAUUGAGUGAUGACAUUGAAUUCCUGUAUGCUUUUGUUGCAAUUAACGUUAAGGACAACAUACUUCCGCAGUCGUUUUUAAAAGAGCGAGUGACUGUGGAGAGUGUUUGCAAGUUCCUGUCGGCGAAGGUGAAGCUGUUGCAGGAGCAGUUGACCAAAAUGCAGACCUCGUUGGAGAAAAAGGGCCAGCAGUGCGAUGGUCAUCUUGCGCAACUCGCUGAGCUCGAAGGCGAGAGGAUGACUCUUCUUAAUAGGGCCAAUAAGGCAAAGGCGGACGCAGCCGAGAGCAAAGCCAAGUAUAUGGCAAUACAGGGACAAUUAGAGGAGAAGGAGCGCGCUCACAGGGAGCAGAGGGGCGCCGCCGACCGGCUGGCCGCGGAGCUGAAGCAGGCGAGGGGCAGGUGCGGGGCGCUGGAGGGGCGCUGCGCCGCCCACCAGGGGGCGGAGGCGGCGCUCAGGCACCAGCUGGCGGCCGCAGAGGCCACCCACCAGGAGUUCCGGGACUCGUCGCGGCAGCUGUCCGCCUCCCACGAGGGCGCCAUCUCCCGGCUGGAGGCGCGAAUCAAGCAGCUGACGUCCUGCGCGCAGAAGCAGCACGCGCUCAUAGACAACCUGAAGAUGCAGAACACCCUCCUGACGAUGCAGGGCGCCACGGCCUCCCUGGAGGCCGAGUACAACGACUUCCUUAAGCGGGAUUUG